GCCCCUGCAGCGGGACUGCGCCUCUGAAAGGUUUGAGGGGUGAUGGCAGCGUGUGUAGCUCGGACGGCCUGCCACCACGCGCUGGGCCCUCGCCGCCCUAAAUAUGGUCGGCCAUGUCUCUUCUUCCCAACCGCCAUCUCCCUGCUCGCUCUUUCCCGCCGUCCCAUGGACGACUGUCCUCAUGAGUCUGCUCGUUUCCUCCCUCUGACCCGCAAGCGCAAGGCCGCCGCCGACACAGCGAACACAGACCCCGCCCCGCCGGACUCGCUCCUCAUGAGCCCAGACGCUACGCCUCGCAUACCUACAGAGCCCGCCGACGUCAGCAAGGCGUCCUGGCUCCUCGAGCAGCAUGCCACCGCCGUCAUCCCGUCCUGGCAGGAGCCGCCUUCCGGGUCGUCUCCAGCCUUCGCAAUGCACACUCGCCAAGACGGCCCGUCCAAGCCAAAGCGACCCCGCAUCGAGAUACCCCAAACGAUACCCACGUCUCCCCGCAAGUCGCGCAGCCGACGCCUCUUAUAUUCCAGUAAUGUCUCUUCUCCUCGCAAGCCUUCUCGGCUACUCCGUCCUACCUUUGUACGAGACACAGGCGUCGUCUCUGCCGUCGAGCUCGGACACAGGGUCCCACCCCUGCACACAGGCGGCCUCGCGCCUCUUCCCUCACCUCUUCGGUCUACGGUCUCUCUUCCCGUCACUCCUAUCGAGCCCAGUUACGCGCAGGUGCCCUCGCAUCAGCCACCCAUUAAUAGAGAGACCCUGAAAGAGUUAGAUCUGGACGCCAUACUACGCAAUCCUCAGCUUCGACAUGAUCUCUUGUUCGAUCCCGGUCUGCAGUUUCGUCCAACCUUCAGUCGGCGGAAACGAGACCUUGCAGAGAGCUAUUGGAUUGCCGUCGUGCGAGAGCUCGACACAGGCUGUACCUGUACCACUCUGGACUUGCAGGGUAAGCUCAUCGAACGCCGAUGUAUCUGCGGCACAAUACCUUUGCCUGCGGAGAAGCCCAUCCGAGCCUAUUCGUCCGCAGGCAACUUCGUCACCGUCAGGUCUCCAUCUCGCCUCAGGCCUCUUCUCGCAGAGCUACUCGAGGUGCUCAUCUCUAUUAUUCGUCCCGUGGUUUUGCGGCCAACUGGCCUUUCCUUGCAAGCAAACGUCGUCUCUUCGCAGGAACAGAACGACUCCCACGUUGCAUAUUUACGCUCCAUCCUAGACGCAGAUCUCAUCCAGCAGGAGAUUGAACACGGGGUUUUUGACCCCUCUGGUGUGUUCAAGGCGAUCGGCGAUAUCAUGCGAUGUUACUGCGCACCCAUGAGGGACCAGGCUGUUAACCAGAUGGUCGCGCUCGCGGAGUCAUGUUCGCCAGGAGGCACCGGCACCAAGGUGGACGCAGUACGCGCGAUCCGGUUGUGCUUCGAGAUUCUGGAGCUAAUGAAGCUUGACGUGGCCAAUCACCAACUGCAGACCCUUCGUCCUUAUCUCGUCCGCUCCGCAGCCCAGUUUGAACUCAAAAUGUUUCAAGAAAAUAGACAGAAGGGCCCGCUGCCGCUGGAGGCUACACGCCAGUGGCUUCAGACAGCCUUCGACGACCUGGCGGCGCAAACAACUGACCCCCGGUCGUCUUCGAAUCUUUCCGCCAGUUACUCGAGAUACCCACGCUUUUUGCAGAUACAACUCUCCGUCGUGAGGGCGGUUAUUAACCUGAUAUUUGAUUCAGCCUCACUACCUUCGCCGCCCUCCUCACCUCUUCCUUCGUCCAUCGCCUCUUCGCCGCUAGUCUCCUCCCCGACUCGUCAGGGAUACCCAGAGACGCUCUAUCUGGAUCAUAUCCGUCUUACCACCCUUCGCAACGAUGCGGCAGAUUUCACGACGCUUUACAUGCUGAUGAUGCUUUAUCGUCAACUCGUCCACUCCGGUUCCACACCGGCAGGUCCGAAGAUAGCAGUCUCCUCAGACGACCUCGCCGCGCUCAAAAAGGAGAUAUGGGAAAUUGGUCCGGCGCGGCUCGGAUAUUGCUUUACCUGCAGGCCGGCCUCGGGCAUCGCGGACUCGGAGUCUGAGCUGGCGGCAUGGCGCAAAGACAUGGACGAUGUCGUCUUGCAGCUCACCACGAAGGCCUGCGAAGCUCGUGCCCGGUCACGUUCAUCCACUGCUUCACCCUCGCCCGCAUCCUCAAUAGCUCCGGUUCAGCGACCUAUCCCGUCCAGCGCGCCGGACAGCCACCUGCUGAAACUUGCCACGAGCUGGACAGACUCCCAUCUCCGCUCCGAUUCGCCUCUCGGUGCCUUGAUGAAGAAGCGCGUCAAGGAGGCUGUCGAGGAUCUUGCGAUAUCGAUCGUCCUCCCGAGCCUGGCAUCGUCUACAAAGCCGGAUGCUCCCUCUGUGCAGGAAGCAGCGCGCGUCGCGAGCGGCCUCGAACCGCUCUUGCCAGAGGUCCGACAUCUCGCACAAAAGCUCUCAAAGCUGGUCUCCAUACAUCUUAACGUGUAUGGUACGCUGUACACGCAGUCUGGCUUUGUUCAGGAUCGGACUAUGCCUGGUGCCUCUUCUCUCUCCGAGUCGUAAUAGUGCCACGAUACCCCCGUUUGCCCCUUUGUUCAGCUCUGUGCUACCCUCUCGUACUCCCACACUCGUUUGCACGGACUAUUUGAACGUGUCUUGGUCUCUCGCUUUCACUCACUCCUUAUCCACUUAGUAUUAACGAUAUUUUGCACGAUACGACGAGAUUUACGUACAGAUACCAACACAAAACUAAUACAAACCU